AUGAGUGCUACAGCACAUGAAGCAAAGAGUACACUGUACGUGAAUAACCUCAACACAAAGGUAAACUCAAAGAAACUCAGAGUAAAUCUUUACUUACUAUUCUCCAUUUAUGGUGAAGUGUUAAAAGUUAGUACUAACUUCAGAAAGGAAAGAGGACAAGCUUUUAUCACCAUGAAGGGUGUCGAUGAUGCAAAUUUGGCUUUACUUUCAUUGAAUGACGAAAUGUUUUUUGAUAAGAAACUUCAUGUUGAAUUCAGCAAAAAUGACACUGUAACGUUAUAA